AUGCUGGAGGCAAAAGGAAUUCUGGAUUUUGGGUUCAUAUUGCUCUUCAACUGCCACGGAUUAAUCGUCUUCUCAACUGUCUGGAUGACAUGCGGACAAACAUUCAUUGAAGGUGACAAAUUCCCCUCACUCGUUGGAAGUUUUGGUUCUAUCUUCAAUGCAGCAGGUCGUGGGUCAUGGGGAUACUUUGGCGAUAAGGUGUCCUUCAAGACAUCCAUGGUGUGUAUCUGUGCGCUUUUCACAGUGCUCAUGUCCAUCUUCAACCUGACAAAACUUGCCGACGGGAAGGCUCUUUUCUUCAUUUACGUCUGCCUCACAUUCGGCACCUUCUCCGGCAACUACUCCCUCAUCCCAACUGCAACCGCCAGGACCUUUGGACAGGAGUAUGAGAUGUUGUUUUCGUCACAGAUUGACAUUGCUCCUGUCAGAGCGCUGCUGACGUCUAAUCUUGCCGACUUGAUUGGUUGGUAUGGGCUCUUCUGA